CUGCAAUUUCUCCGUCGGUCGCGCCCUCCUCCCGCCGCCGCCGCCGCAGUCAACCUCCGCCUUAUCUCCCUCUCUCAUUCGGUUAUGCUUGUAUUUAUUAUGUUGUAGUGGCAGAUUCAUAUUUAUAUCUAAAGAUUUGCUCUUCUUGUUCGCGCCUUCCUCGAACCCUAGCUUGCAGAUCCGUUGCUAGUUCUUUUGUUAAUUUUGUUUUUCCUCCGCCGGUGGCGAGGAUAAUUGAUUGAAUCGGAGGAAUGUCGGCAAUGAAGGCAACGGGCCGGUUCUUCACGAUCGGGCUCGUGGCGGCUUGGUACUCCUCCAACAUUGGGGUUUUGCUGCUGAACAAGUACUUGCUCAGCAAUUAUGGAUUCAAAUACCCGAUCUUUCUAACCAUGUGUCACAUGACGGCCUGCUCUCUGCUUAGCUACAUUGCCAUUGCCUGGAUGAAGAUGGUCCCGAUGCAGACUAUAAGAUCUAGGGUUCAGUUCUUGAAGAUCUCUGCCUUGAGCCUUGUCUUUUGUGCUUCUGUGGUCAGUGGAAACAUCUCUCUCCGGUACUUGCCGGUUUCCUUUAACCAGGCAAUCGGCGCCACCACGCCCUUCUUCACAGCCGUGUUUGCCUAUUUGAUUACUCUGAAAAGAGAGGCUUGGUUGACUUACAUUACUCUUAUCCCUGUCGUUACAGGCGUGGUCAUAGCUAGUGGGGUAUGAUUUUUCUUUGUUUUGUUUCGUCUUCUAUUUUUAGAUGAAUUCUUUCAAUCUCUUUAGCUUUGCGCAUUCUUCGUUAAUUUGUUAUAGCAAUUUCCAUAGACAUGAAAGAUAACAUCUUUUGGAGGCAUGUUUUUGGAGCUACCAUUAUUUCCUUAGCCAUAAGAAUAGCUGUUACUAAACUGCUACUGGAUCAAUGAACCUAUUCCAACAUUCUGUUUCUUUGGGAUUUCUUUUCUUCUGCUAUUUGCCUAUUUGAUCAGCUUCACUUAUCCUAUGCAUUUAGAGUUUUUUUUGCUCAGCUCAUUUUUUUGGGAAGUAUAAAUAACAGAUCAUACU